AUGGAUGAAACUUGGAAAUUCUCUCAAUGUUUUGGAGAUAAAGGAGAUAUCGAGAACAUCACCGAGGCGGAUAUUAUAUCCACCGUGGAGUUUGACCAUAAUGGAGAUUUCUUAGCCACCGGUGAUAAAGGUGGUAGGGUGGUUUUGUUUGAAAGAAAUCAGCCCAAGAAGCAGAGUCUGUGUGAAUAUAAAUUCUUUACUGAAUUCCAGAGUCAUGACGCUGAGUUUGACUACUUGAAGUCCUUGGAGAUUGAAGAGAAGAUCAAUAAGAUCAAGUGGUUGAAGUCGUUCAACAAUUCAUUGUAUUUGUUGUCCACCAACGACAAGACUAUCAAGUUGUGGAAGAUCAUGGAAAAGCAAAUCAAGUUAGUUUCCGAGAAUAAUCUCAGCUCUGCAAACGGUGGAACCUCGAAUGGAGCCGGUAGCGCCAAUGGCGGUGCAGAUAUCCCGCUUAAUUUGAAGAACCUCAGGCUCCCUAAGAUGACCUUACACGAUAAGUUGAUUCUGGCGCAGCCUAAGAAGAUAUACUCUAAUGCGCAUGCGUACCAUAUCAACUCUAUAUCUGUCAAUUCUGAUCAAGAAACGUACCUCUCGCUGGACGAUUUAAGGAUUAAUUUGUGGAACUUGGGCAUAAGUGACCAGUCUUUCAACAUUGUGGACAUUAAGCCCAACAAUAUGGAAGAAUUGACAGAAGUUAUAACUAGUGCAGAGUUCCACCCACACCAUUGUAACUUGUUUAUGUACUCCAGUUCUAAGGGUACAAUCAAAUUGAGCGACAUGAGACUGAAUUCGUUGUGUGAUUCUCACUCCAAGGUGUUCGAGGAAUACUUAGACCCACUGCUGCACAACUUUUUCACUGAGAUCACCCUGUCCAUAAGUGAUGUCAAGUUCAGCCACGAUGGUAGGUAUAUUGUGUCUAGAGAUUAUAUGACUGUGAAGAUUUGGGAUUUGGCAAUGGAGCUGAAACCAAUAAAGACAAUAAAUGUUCACGAGCAUUUAAGAGAUAGAUUAUGUGAUACCUACGAAAAUGAUGCUAUAUUCGACAAGUUUGAAGUGCAAUUUAGCGGUGAUAAUAAGAGCGUGAUGACCGGUAGCUAUAAUAACAACUUUAUGAUUUAUCCAAACGCAGUUGGUUCUAACUCCUCGGCUGCCACAGGUGCUGGUGCUGGAGGAGCAAGAACUAAGGCUAUGAAGUUGAACAGAAAGAAGCCAAACAGCAAGAAAAAGAGAAAUGAUGGCUUUGUCGAUGACGGAGACGAUGAAGAUGAAGAUGAUGACGACGACGAUGAUGACGAAGACGAUGAGGAUGCUACUUCGUCACCAAGAGUCAACAACGACACCUUCCCUCAAUCGCCAUCUUCCCAGAUCGAUGACGACGGAGAACAAGAAGAAAUUGUCUUGCAGGCCGAUAAGUCUGCCUUCAAAUCGAGGAAGAGCAAUAACGGGCCAACAAGAAGAAGAUUAAUGAGUGGUGUUGGAACCAACAAUUCUGGCGACUUCGAUAACAUCGACUUCAAGAAGAGUAUUUUACAUUUGUCGUGGCACCCUAGAGAAAACUCCGUUGCAAUUGCUGCCACCAACAACUUAUACAUCUUCUCCACUUUAUGA